UUUCACUCCACUAACAACUGUCUCCUAUUCAUUCUCAUCUUCAUCAUCAUCACAAGCAUCAUGCGAAGUCUAUUCUAAAGCAAUUCUUCCAGCCUCAGAUUCGCACACAAGAUGUUUGUCGCUUCAAGAGUGUACAAUUAUGCUACAGGCACUUCUUCGGUCGCCUCAACUUCAAAAGCAGAUGUAACGCCUGCAAAUACUCGAGUCAAGAGACAUCCCAAAAAAGUUCCUCAUUCUCCUCCUCCUUCUUAUGCAUCCGUUGCUGCUGCAUCAGCAGGAACGCAAACGUCUACAGCGACAGAUGAAGACCGCAAAGCAGCAAGAUCGGCGGCAGAUUUAGUAAAGAUUGCAGUGAUUGAUGAAAUCGUAUUGAAGGAAGAUUUAUACGAGGUUUUGGGAGUAAAGAAGAAUGCAAAAAAUGAAGAAAUAAGGAGAGGAUUUUUGAACAGAAGUAGAAUUUGUCAUCCGGAUAAAAUGCCAAAUUAUGCUCCUUGCGUUGUGGCAUUUCAAAAAGUUUCAUUUGCUUAUCAAACACUUUCAAAACCUUCUUCACGUAAAAUGUACGAUGUUUCGGGAAGAACGGAUUUUGCUGCUGCUGUCUCGCAAGAUAGUUCGUCUACCGGUUACGAUCCAAACGGAUUGGCAAGCGAUGAAACGUUGAAUGGGGUGCUCUAUAGCGUCUUUUUGGAAUUUUUGGAGGGCGAUUUUGAAAUGAUUCGAGUUUUGAUCAAUGCAUUGAACGAAGGAAACCCAGGUCUUGAUCUGGGUGAUGAUGCAGUGAACAAUAUCGAAGGUGCAUUCCGCAAACUUCGUGAAUUGUUAUUAGCAGGCAAGAAAUACCUAACAAUCGUGCGAUUUGAAUUGAUUCGAUUGUAUGAAAUUCAACAUUCUCUACGUCAACUUUCCUAUUUUGACGUUUUUGGUCGAUUAAGAUUGACGUUGCAAUUGGCUCGUGUUACGUUGAGUAUACCUAUGGCAAUCGAUCAAGCAAUGAAGGAGAACGAGAAAGGAGAUAAAGCAAACGAGACUUCACCCGGCGUUGAUACUGGCGAGAUUGGAGCCACAAGCGAUGAGGACGAAAAUGAAACAGAAGAGGAGACCGAGACUGAACAUCCUCGAAGACAGAGACGGCGUCAAACUUCAGUAGAGGAGGAAUUCGGAAUGCGAGCAGAGGAAGAAGAGGAGGAGGAAGAGGAAGGAGAAGGGUCAUUCUUUAAUAGAGAGCCACAAGCGGAUCAAGAGCGAUCAAACACACACAAAUCUAGAUCCGCACGUAGAAAGGCAAAGAUACAAGCACGUAGAAAAGAUAAAUUGGAAGCCAAAGAAGCAGAUGCUUUACAACGCAAAGGUUUAUUGGGACCAACUGCUUCCGGUCUUCUUUUGGGUGUUGUCAAAGUCCUCGAAACCGGUGAAAGAUGGGUACCAGGUGGUACCAAAGAACCAAAGGAUGAGACCACACCAUCAGCACAACCAGUAUAAACACUCCUUUAUCCCCCUUCAUUUACGAACAUUUAUGUAACAUUCAAUACCCCGCAUGCUCCUUCUAGGCCAGUUUUCACUGUCAGGAUUAAUACCCACAUGCAUCAUCACUUACUACUUUUCAUCAAUAUACCAUGUUAUGACUUUUUGAUAUCAGUGUGACACAAAUAAAUUGUACAGUAAUUAGAAAGUUGGAAUAUAGUACAUCGUUUAAAC